UUCCAUACUCGCUUGGUACUUGGAUGAUACAAUUUGUGUGCUCAAAAUUGCUGUCUCAUUCUCUUUUGAUAAUUUUAAAAACUUCCAUCUGUUUCAAUGAUCUUUGAUGGCAUAUCAGGGUCCAUGGGUGGAAAAGAAACCAUUAUAGUUAGCGUUAUCCUUGCAACCCUGCUUCUUGUUGUUCUUUCCAUUGCUCUUGGUAAACAAAAAAGCAGAAAUAGUGUUAGAGCUUCAAGACUCCCACCUGGUGUAAAAGGAUGGCCUUUCAUAGGUGACACUCUUAAUUGGUACCUUUCUAUUUCAAGCUCGCAUCCACCUCGAUUUGUUGAAGCUCAUGUGGAGAAGUAUGGAAAGAUCUUCUCGUGUAGGCUGUUUGGUAGACAAGCGGUUGUAUCUGCAGAUUCUCACUUCAACCGUUUCAUCCUUCAGAAUGAAGGCCGGUUCUUUCAGUCCAGUUAUCCGAAGUCUUUCAGGGAUUUGGUUGGUAAAAAUGGUGUGAUUGCAAUGCAAGGAGAACAGCAACGCAGGCUUCAUGGCAUUGCUGUCAAUAUGAUGAAAAUGGACAAACUCAAGUUUCAUUUCUUAAAUGACAUUCAGGUGGUCCUGCUCCAGACAUUGAACAACUUACAGGAAAAUGAAAACCUGCUCUUUCAAAAUGUUUGCAGAAAGCUGGCUAUAAAUUUGAUGGUGAAUCAGCUCCUGGGGGUGACCACUGAAGCUGAAAUAAAUGAUAUGGCUCAUUUAUUCUCUGAUUUUGUUAAUGGAGUCCUAUCUAUUCCAAUCAACUUACGAGGCUUUCCAUAUUAUACAGCAAUGAGGGCACGGAAUAUUAUAAUUAGCAAAAUCAACAAGACAAUCGAGUUGAAGAAGCACUCUGAGUUAGAAACUGGAAAUAGUGUUUUGGGAAGGCUUUUGAAUGAAGAAAACCUGUCAGAUGAAGCUGUUGCAGACUUCAUUAUAAGUCUACUCUUUGCUGGAAAUGAAACAACAGCAAUGACAAUGCUUUUUGCCAUUAGUUUCCUGUCGCAAAGUCCCAAGGCUUUGAAGCAACUCAUUGCUGAGCAAGACGGCUUAAGAAAAGCUCAAGGUCUUAUGCUGACCUGGGAGGAUUACAAGUCCAUGCACUUCACUCAAUGUGUCAUUGAUGAGACCCUUAGAGUUGGUGGUAUUGCGAUAUCUCUGAUGCGUGAGGCGAAGGAAAAUGUUGAGUAUCAGGAUUUCUUGAUCCCCAAAGGCUGCUUUGUACUCCCAUUUCUUUCUGCAGUUCAUUUAGAUGAGAACGUGUUUAGGGAAGCCCUGCUUUUCAAUCCGUGGCGAUGGAUGGCAGCAGAAAACCAGGAAAAGCGGAACUGGAGAAGUAGUCCCUACUAUGCUCCCUUUGGAGGUGGAGCUCGCUUAUGUCCGGGGGCUGAACUAGCCCGCCUUCAGAUUGCUCUCUUUCUCCAUUAUUUUGUGACCAGAUUCAGGUGGGUCCAACUAAAAGAAGACAGAAUGUCUUUCUUUCCUUCAGCUCGUCUGGUACAUGGCUUCCCCAUUCACCUUACUAGGCGCCAAGUUGUGUGAUGGAAGGAAUGUUCCCUAUCGUUAUGCUUCUUCUAUCAUUUCACCUUAAGUUCAACCAUUGCAUGAAUGUGUAUUAUGUUCCUUUUGGUAGCUUAGUUUUAGUUGGGGUUGGGGACUUCAAGCCUAGACCCCUCUUAUUGCAUUAUUGAACCGUGAUUUUUAAUUCUCAGCAAAAUUUAUAUUAAAUUAUAUAUAUAUAUAUACAAGGUGUCCCAGCUCCAUGGCACAAUAAAC